GAUGUUGAUGUGAACAACACAAUAAUCAGCAACAAUCAAACGGCAAUACAAGGUGUGCAAAGUUCGUUGAGAGAGAGUCGAUUCCUGUGCCAUACGGCGAGCACAACAAUCGCUGAGGAUGCCACUCAUUUCGGAGAACAACUGGCCGAUUUGAUCCAUCAAAUUCUUGUGGAUGGAGUGAAACCGGAGAGCGCCUUAGAGAGUCUGAAUCAGGCGAAUAUCAAUAUUAAGUGCCCAGAUGAAGAUCGCAUUGCGAUUUUGUUCGGCGGUGAAACGACCGUUAAGGUGACCGGCGAAGGACAAGGUGGUCGCAAUCAGCAGAUCGUCCUUUCGGCACUCUCAAAGUUACUCGAGAAGAACACCGCACAGCAUCUCCAAGGACAAUUCGCGUUGCUAAGUUCGGGAACAGACGGUCAGGAUGGUCCGACUGAGGCGGCCGGUGCGGUGUUGACCAGUGAGGAUUUGGCGCUGAUUGCUAAGGAAGGCUCAGAGUUGAAAUUGGACGAUGUGAAUGAAUUCUUGCGCAACAACGACUCGUACAAUUUCUGGAAGAAGUUCCAAGACGGUGUUUGUCAUGUGCAAACUGGACCGACUGGAACGAAUGUAAUGGAUGUGCAGAUUUUGUUGAUUAAUAAGCAAAAAAGUGAGAAGUGA